AUGGAAGAUGAAAGCCUCCAAGCUAUCAUUUGGGGGCAGAAGUCUAUCAUCCUAACUUCUGUGCCAGACAAUUUAGCUGCCUACAGCUCAUCCCACCCAAAUCCUACAGGAGCUGCAAUCGGGCCACUUCCUGGAGAGAUGCAGACGACCUGGAAGUGCAUAAAGAUGCUAGGUGUGCAUUCCGUCGAGUUUGACGCUUGGUGGAAGGCUAGAUUUCAAGGCCUGCCUGCCUCCAGUACUGUCCUAAAAAUCCUUUUCGAUGGCUGGGAUUCCUGGGUUGUUCACGCAGGAGAGGAGACUCAUAAAUUUAUGGUGCAUACCAUAAAAGACAUUAAUGCUCAAUUUAUAGAAGAUCCUUCUUUGACAGAAAACAUAGGAGGGCAGACUGUCCAAGUUGGAGAAGUGAUUGGUAAGUCUACUAUAAUUCUAUUUCUUCUAUCUUUUCCUGCUGGAUUGACUUCUGACUUUGUCUGUUUCUUGCGUAGUCACUUCUGUCAUUGCUGCUGGGGAUUUGGAGCUUCCUUCUGGGAUGAGGAGGAUGAAACUCUGGCAGAACAAACUUCUAUUAAGGCUACUCCCUCUGUCAUAAGGAAAAGAAAGGAGACUGCUUCAGUCCAUGAUAGUGCUGCUCAACCUGUGACUUCAGCUGAAAGUCCCCAUCCUCCUCUUACUAAGUCAAAGAGACUUAGAAAGAGGAUUGUGGUAGAAUAUGUGGCCAUGGAGGAAUCUGCAGCAGCUCCCACCAACACCUCUGGGACAAGAAGAAGAAGAAGAUGUCCCUUCCAAGGAGAAGAACAAAGAGUCGGAAGAAGAGAUGAGCCACUAUUUCAUCACUAUAUGUAUUUUGGUGAUAGCAGAGAGCAACACGAAGAAGAAGCUCAGAGGGCGGAACCCACGAGCUUAGAACUGGCUUUAUCCGAUGAUGAGGAGGCAGAACAUUCUGCUACAGCUCAAAUGCCCAUGGAACAGUCAAAAUUGUCUGUUUUAGAACAGAAAGAGCAGGCAGAUGUUCUUGUUGCAGCCACAGAACCUGAAGUGGAGGCAUCUGCUACUGUUCCUGGACUUGUGGUAGAAGUGCCCAGGACUACUGGGGUUUUGGGUGUGAUGACCAGCCCUCUGAAGCCUCCAAUUGUUGUUAUGCCUAUCCACUCCCUUCUAGCUUCAUCUUCCACCGCCUCUUAUGCUGAUCUACUCCUGGCAAAGCCAAGUCCAAGGCAGUGGAGGCUAUGGAAAGACUGA